AUGAAGAUUGUUUAGAUUAAAAUAAAGAUCCUAUUGAUGGAUGUUUUUCAGGAAGAUAUGAUUGUGUUCAAGGUUUUAGUAAUUGUAUUAGAAGUAUUUGUAUUGAGUGUUAGAAAGGAUGGGUAUUAGAUAUUUUAUUAUAAAUUUGCGAACCUAUUUGUGGUGAUUAAAUAAUUAUAAAUAUUGAAUAAUAUGUUGAUUGGAAUUAUCUAGAAUAUGAUGGUUUUUUUAAUUGCAAAUUUUCUUGUAAGUAAUGUGAAUUUGGUAAAUGUUUGGAAUGCCAAUCAAUAUACAAUUUAAUUGAUAAUAAAUGUGAAAUGA